UGGGUGGGCGGCGAGAAAUCCACGCUGAGGGCCCUCCUCGAGAGGCGUCUUUGUGCGCGGCGGUUGUGGACCGCAGAAAGUCUGGAGAGCUAGGCGGCUGCGUCCCUGGUGGCGCCGGCGGCGGCGGAGGAGGAGGCGACGCAGCGCCGCUGUAGUGGCCAGUAAAUGACCUGCGGCAUAACAACUAUUAGACUGCAAAACAAAUGGGGAAGAACAUUCAAGAUAAAGAUAAUUUAUGUCACAGGAAGGCUGUUGAAAAAUGCAAAAAUGAAGCAUCUGAGUGGACUAUUACACUGAAGUCAGCUUUUGUGAAGUCUCACAAAACCUGGAACUGUUCCUGAUCAAAUGAUAUUCUGAAUAAAAAGAAUAUAGGAAAAGGAAACUUCAAAAUAUGAAAGAUGGCAAGUCCAGAUAGAAGUAUCCGGAAGAUAUUAAAAGCCAAAAAAACAAUGCCUACGAGUUGCCGGAAGCAAGUCGAGAUCCUGAAUAAGACAAAGAAUGUUGAAGCACUGAAAGGAACAACAAUUGGGAUUAAUGUGCCAAGUAAUAAUCAGAAUAUAAGUACUGGUGUCAUACAAAGCCAAUGUAUACAUUCUGAAAAUGAUGCUCCCUCACUGGACUCUUACAAAAAUUCAGUAAGCUCACAGAAAAGUAAAGUAUUCCCUCAGAAUUUAAUAGAACCAGUAGAGGAAAUUGUUGGUUCAAAAAUCAGAUUCGAAUAUGUUAAUGAACAACUGAUAGGCCCGUACCAAAAGCCAGGUAAAUCAGUCAGUUCUCCCAGGAAACUGUUUACACAAGAAGCAAAAGUCUCUCAGAACACUUCUGAAAAUCAUUUGGAAUGUCAGGCAAAUGUAACAAGAUCGUUUUUUGAGCAGCAUAGAGGGGAUUGUAGUCUAAAGUCCAUUUACUCUCCACCCAGUGUAUUGAGUGGUAUAGUUCAAAUGCCAAAGUAUACAAUAACUAGUACCUUGGAUAAACAGAGAAAUGACAAGAUGGUUUCCUAUUUAGAAACAAAUUCCAAUUCAGAGUCACGUGAUAAAAGGCAAAAUGACAGUAUUUUAAGUUCAGACUCCUGUUUUGAAAAAGCACCUAAUUUGGUAAAUUCAGUUAGUUCCGGCAACCAUGAUGCUGACACUUUGAAAACUGAAGAAUCUAGUAGAACUUGUCAUUCCAGCAUUUCAACUUGUGGAAGUACAGACUCAACGUGGCAUUCAUCAUACAGCUCUGAUAAUUAUAGUCAUAAUCAAAAGAAGAGGAUGUUUUUAGAAAACAAAGAAAAUCUUAAGCGCAUGAAAACUUCAGAGCAAAUUAAUGAAAAUAUUUGUGUAGCUCUGGAAAGGCAAAGAGCUUUGCUGGAACAGGUCAAACAUUUUAUUCGACAGGAGAUCUGUAGUAUAAAUUACAAAGUAUUUGAUCACAAAGUAAGAGAAUUGAAUGAACGCAUUGGGAAGACACAGUGCAGGAAUAAACAUGAAGCAAUAGCUGAUGAACUCUUUGCAAGAAUAUCAAAACUUCAAAGACGUAUUAAAACAGUAUUAUCUCAGAGGAAUUCUUUGGAACCAAAUGUGGUAUCCAGUAAUAUAGCCUGUAAGGCUGUAAAUCCAGAGACUAUGAAUGUGGAUGAGAUUCAAGAGUCAGUUAAUAGUCCAGAUGAAAAAAUGAUUUCUGUGAACUAUGAACUGUCUAAACUUCCAGAGAAAGCAAAUGAAAAGAUUAAUUUGUCACUGGAUCAUGCUGAAUCGGUUUCUGAAAGUAACGAUGAUGUUAUGUUGAUUUCUGUGGCAAAUCCUAAUUUGAAAACUUCAGUUGCAUCAAAUCCAACAGGUAUUGGAAAUACUACAUCAAGAAAUUCCAAUGAUUUACCUGAUGUUGAACCAGAAGUUAUGACUAUAGAGGAAAAGAAACUUGAUUUGGUGAUUGAUCUAACAAAAGAAGGCCUAUCCAACUACAACACAGAAAGUCCAGUGUCCACCCUGGAGUCACCUACGAAAGCUGUUUUAAACUCAAAAGAGACAACCCCAGUGGCACAAAAUGCAGCCCAGAUUGAGUCCUUUGAGCACCUGCCACCUCUCCCAGAACCACCACCACUCCAACCUGAACUAGUAGACAAAAUCCGAGAUACACUUCCUCCCCAGAAGCCUGAACUCAAAGUUAAACGGGUGCUGAGACCCAGGGGCAUCGCCCUGACUUGGAACAUCACCAAAAUCAAUCCCAAGUGUGCACCUGUGGAAAGCUACCACCUCUUCCUGUGCCAUGAGAACCCUAACAAUAAACUGAUUUGGAAGAAAAUUGGAGAAAUCAAAGCUUUACCUCUUCCGAUGGCUUGUACUUUAUCUCAAUUUUUAUUUUCCAACAAAUACUACUUUACUGUCCAAUCAAAAGACAUCUUUGGGCGAUAUGGACCAUUUUGUGAUAUAAAAUCUAUCCCUGGAUUUUCUGAAAAUCUUACCUAAAAGAAAAGUUGUCAAUAAUUAUAUAUUGUAAUAUGUUUUGUUUUUGUUUUUUCAUAUUUGAGUUGUUUAUAAUGUUACUCUGAUACUGUUUUCCAUUUUAAAGGGCCAGUUCAGAUUGUGAACCCUUUGUAUAGGGACAGUCUUCUUCCAUAUAUUAUAAGUGGCCAAUCCAGUAGUUUCAUGAAUUUCUGAUUUACGUUCAAAAUGUACUUCAAUGGAUAUGUUCUCAAACAUACAUUAUCAUGGACCCAUGUCAAUAAACUGUAUCUUUGGUGACUAUGGAGCAGCUACUUCUAUCAAAAGUCCUAGGAUACAAGCAGCCACCAUUUCAUCUUUUGACAAUCAGCUUUGUUGAUCUGCUUGUAGCCAGUAGAUAACAGGAAAAAUCAGCUCUUCACUGAGACGAGAUCAUCUCGGGUGCAUCACCACCAAAGUUCUAAGUGAUUCUAUGAUUUAUGCCCCCUGUGUCCCUAUCUCUUACUUUUUUUUUUUUCGUUCUAUCAAUCAUUUGGGAAAAUACUCUGAAGGUUUUCUCUAAAUCCAUUUGUAUGUAAUAAAAUUUGUUAAACAUUAUGUAUUGUGUACACAAAACGUACAGUAUCUCUUUAAAAAGCAGUAUCCAACCUGCUGUUUCAGUUAAGGAAAAUGGCAAAUAAAUGUUAUAUUUAAGGUUUUAAUUUGCUGAUUACCAAAUGCAACCAUUUGCUCAUUUCCUGGCUGUAAAUCAGUACUCAGAGAAGCAUAAUAGUAAGGACUCUAAUGGCUGUGUCUCGUACAUAUCUCUGAUGUACGCUCCCCAGAUGUACACUUCACCAAAGUGAAGCUGUGACUAGGACAAGCAGCCCAAAGAAUUCUAAACAUGUAAACAAGUCAGAGAUUAAUAAGUAUGAGUCAGAGUCCAACAGAGACAAACUUCUGCUAAAUACAAAGUCCCAAUGAAGACAAACUUUGCAGACGACUUGUACUAGGACGUUGAGAAAACUGAAAAAUUAUUGUUAACUGUGAAAGUCUCUGAGAGCCUUUUUUUCCUAUUAUAUAGUGAAAGUUCAAGUCUAAGAGACUCUGAAAUUAAAAAAUGUAACCAAGGAAUGGUUUUUCUGGGCAUUUUGUGAAUGCCUUAACAUCUUCAGUAAUAAAACUGUUACACUUC